AUGACCAACUUGCAGCCGUCACGCAGAAUCUGGUACACUUGCAGAGCUUUCUGUUUGCGGAUACGCGGAGCCUCUCGUGUCCUGACUAUGCCGAAAGACCUGUUCGCGUCGCUUCAAGCACAAAACAAAGCCUAUCCGGAUUUAGUGCGUGCCAUGAAAGCCAGUUUGGAGGGUGUUGCGGGGUUGUUGCUUGUUUGAAGCAACAACCCCGCAACAUCCUCCAAACCGUCGAUGUUGCACAAUUAGGCGCCCGCUUUGAGGCUGCGAGCGCAUUUCUCGCUCCUAUAGCACCAGCAGGGUCAGCAAUGCUUACAAGAAUUACUCCACAAAUUGUUUUUUCAAAUGCUGCUGCGUUUGAUGUUGACAAAAAUACGGAUAAAACGCCAACAAGGACAAUAUCAUAGUAGUUGCAGUAGAGUUUUUAAUGUCGAUUUUCUUUGGAAUGCUUACUAAAAAAGAUAAAUUCUUCAAUGCCUGCUAGACUAGGCAUUCACAUCAUUUUUCCUCGGUUUCGACUAGCCACGAGGACCUCCC